AUGGCAACUACUAGCAGCAGUUCUGAAGCAAGCAAGCCGCAGAUUAUAAAGUUAAAGGACUUUUUUGUGUAUAGCAACAUACUGCAUCUGACAAUUGGCAUGAAGGCGUACGCAACCGAAACUCAGCUGACCAAGUGGCGCUCAAUGCUGCUGCAUGCCUCGUUUAUCAGUCAGCUAAUUAUACUCAAUAUUGUGCUUUUGGGUCAAAUUUUGUUUGUGAUUGUGGCCAUUAAUAAUGGCAGUAACUUUGUUGAGGCUACCUUGAAUAUCGCCAUAUUCUCGUUCGGCAUUGUGGGCAAUGUAAAGAUCGCUUACAUCUAUAUGCAGCAUGCACACAUAAGCAGCGUUGUGGACUGUCUGCAAGAGUUGCAUCCACAAACUUUGGAGCUGCAAGUGGAGUACAGGGUGGAGCACUACCUACGCAGCUUUACGGGCAUGUGCAAAUUUUACUGCGGCAUGCACUUGAUACUCGCUUGGACCUACAACUUGUACUGGGCGGUCUACUAUCUGAUUAUGGACUUGUGGCUAGGCAAGGUCAGCUAUGUGCGCAUGCUGCCCUAUUACAGCUGGACACCCUGGGACUACCAACAUAACUGGAGCUACUAUCCCACAUACAUAGCGCAAAAUCUGGCGGCUCAAUACUGUUUCGCUGGCCAACUGGCAACGGAUAUGCUGCUGCUGGCUCUGGCCACGCUUAUGGUAAUGCACUUUGAGCGCUUGGGCCUGCGGCUGGAGCAGCAUGUGGCAGGUGUCUGUGCCAAGCGUGACAUACGCUUUCUUCAAAGCUGCAUUGCUUAUCAUCAGCGUUUGCUGCUGCUAUGCGAGGAUAUUAAUAAGAUUUUCGGCAUUUCACUCUUGUGUAAUUUUGGCAGCAGCUGUGGCAUCAUUUGCUUUGUCAUUUUUCAGCUAACCGUUGGCGGCCAGCUGGAUACUCUAUUGAUGCUGCUGCUCUUUCUCAUCUGUGCCAUGGUGCAGAUUAUUCUAAUUGGCAACCAUGCUCAACGUUUGAUCAAUGCGAGCGAGCAAAUCGGUCAAGCCAUAUAUAAUCAUGAUUGGUUCAAUGCGAAUUUGCAAUAUCGCAAGCUAAUGCUGCAAAUAAUGAUUCGUUCUCAAAGUGCCUGUUACCUCAAAGCCACCCCCUUUCUACCCAUAUCACACAUAACCGUUGCAUCUCUGUUCCAGUUAUCCUACAAGUUCUUCGCCUUGGUGCGCAGCAUGUACGCUCAGUAAUUUAAAUACGCCG